AUGUCCGUGUCUUUAGACAAGGAGGCCGUCAGCCUCGAUGACUUGGAAAAAUCAACAGCAAUGUUGUCAAGCACUUCUGGUAGUCUAGUCCAAGAUAACUAUCAGCUACAUCCCAGCUCAAAGCAUAUCCUUAAACGGUUAUACAUUGCGUUGCUCAUUGAAGCGACAGCCUCGCUAACAAUAUACUACCACUAUGCCAAUAUCGGUGCCGUCUCACCCAUGCUCGCACCUACAAUCUUGGGGUGCUCUUCUGGAGCCUUGGCGCAAUCAAUAAAUCAGUUCCAGAGAAGGAAGUUUACAAUAAACAAGAUUCUUAAAUUUAUGAUUUGGGGAAGCAUUAAUGGAUAUUUUACAGUAGCGUGGAUCAACAUUCUCAUGAAUAAUUUUGAUAGUCUAGUCUACAGAAUUUUGGUUGACCAAGCCAUUGGCGCACCAAUUUUCCAGCUUAUUUUUAACAUCUUGAACACUUUAUGGGAUCUGGGCGAAUUAUUUUCAAAAUCUACUAGAAAUUCCUACAUAAAGUCCUUGAAGUACAGCUACUGUUAUUGGCCAUUCUUUAGUGUCUUCCUGUUCAUGUUUGUCCCGCACACAAUGAUGUUUCCUUGCAACUGUCUAGCAAAUUUGAUCUGGAACAUAAUUUUGAGCAAGCUAGCAUAA